AUGAAGAUGAAGCAAUUAGAAGGCUUAUUGGGUGAUCUUCAACAGUUCUCUAACCCUAAAGCAUUUCCGGAAAAAAAAAUUACUUCGUUCGUUGAUGUAGAAUUGGAGCAGUACCCAACUGGACCUCACAUUGCUUCUCACAUGCUCUUCACUGUAAAUGUGUUUUGUUUUAGGCAGAAAACUGACAAAGUCGUUGCGGUUUUUGGUUGUGGUACUCUUAAUGCUGCUGCUUCUCUUCUAUAUGCAGCGUGUGUGUUUUUUUUUGAUAUCGACCCACAAUCUCUUGAAACCGCAACACUAAAUGCAGAUGAGCUUGAGGUUUGUUUAUUUUUAGGCCAGGUUGUUGAUACUGUUGUGAUGAAUCCUCCCUUUGGUACACGUAAGAAAGGAGCUGACAUGGAGUUUCUCUCUGCGGCUAUGAAGGUUGCCUCUCAAGCUGUUUAUUCCUUGCAUAAGACAUCUACUAGAGAACACAUCAAAAGGGCAGCGUUGCGUGAUUUUAAGGCGAAAAGUGCUGAACUUUGGUAUGACCUUCCCAAGCUCUACAAGUUCCAUAAGCGAAAAGAGGUUGAUAUUGCGGUUGAUCUCUGGCGUUUUGAGCCUAGACAUGACUAG